GGGGCGCGGUGACCCCGGCGGGUGCAGGGCUGCGGCGCGCCGGGCGCUGAGCGGGACGCGGGAGGGGCGCGCGCGAAGGGGCGCGCGCGGUCGGGAGCGCGCGGGGGGCUGCCCCGGGGCGGCCCCCCCACGUCGGGGCGCAGCGGGCGGCGGCGGCGGGAGCGCGUCCCGUCCGGGUCCCGAGGAGCCGCCGCCGCCGCCGCUCGCCAACAUGGCGGACCUAGAGGCCGUGCUGGCCGAUGUCAGCUACUUGAUGGCGAUGGAAAAGAGCAAGGCGACCCCGGCCGCCCGCGCCAGCAAGAGGAUCGUCCUGCCGGAGCCCAGUAUCCGGAGCGUGAUGCAGAAGUAUCUUGGGGAGAGAAAUGAAAUAACCUUUGACAAGAUUUUCAAUCAGAAAAUCGGUUUCUUGCUAUUUAAAGAUUUUUGUUUGAAUGAAAUUAAUGAAGCUGUACCUCAGGUGAAGUUUUAUGAAGAGAUAAAAGAGUAUGAAAAGCUUGAGAACGAGGAGGAUCGCCUUUGUAGAAGUCGGCAGAUUUACGACACCUACAUCAUGCGGGAGCUGCUGUCCUCCUCACACCCAUUCUCAAAGCAAGCUGUCGAGCAUGUCCAAAGCCAUCUGUCCAAGAAGCAAGUGACGUCGGCUCUCUUUCAGCCGUACAUAGAAGAGAUUUGUGACAGUCUCCGAGGCAGCAUCUUUCAAAAAUUUAUGGAAAGUGACAAGUUCACCAGAUUUUGUCAGUGGAAAAACGUAGAGUUAAAUAUCCACUUGACCAUGAACGAUUUCAGCGUACACAGGAUCAUUGGCCGGGGAGGCUUUGGUGAAGUGUACGGCUGCAGGAAAGCAGACACUGGGAAGAUGUACGCAAUGAAAUGCUUAGACAAGAAGAGGAUCAAGAUGAAACAAGGAGAGACACUGGCCUUGAAUGAAAGGAUUAUGUUGUCGCUCGUGAGUACAGGAGAUUGCCCUUUCAUCGUCUGCAUGACGUACGCCUUCCACACGCCGGACAAACUCUGCUUCAUCUUGGACCUGAUGAACGGGGGCGACCUGCACUACCACCUCUCGCAGCACGGGGUGUUUUCCGAGAAGGAGAUGCGGUUCUAUGCCACCGAGAUCAUCCUGGGGCUGGAGCACAUGCACAGCCGCUUCGUGGUGUACAGAGACCUGAAGCCAGCAAAUAUCCUCUUGGACGAAUACGGACACGUUCGGAUAUCAGACCUCGGUCUCGCCUGUGACUUUUCCAAAAAGAAGCCGCACGCAAGUGUGGGCACCCACGGGUACAUGGCCCCCGAGGUGCUGCAGAAGGGCACGGCAUACGACAGCAGCGCCGACUGGUUCUCCCUGGGCUGCAUGCUCUUCAAGCUUCUCAGAGGGCACAGCCCUUUCAGACAACAUAAAACCAAGGACAAGCACGAAAUAGACCGGAUGACGCUCACCGUGAACGUGGAGCUCCCGGACACCUUCUCCCCGGAACUGAGGUCCCUGCUGGAGGGCCUGCUGCAGCGGGAAGUUAGCAAGCGGCUCGGCUGCCACGGAGGCGGAGCAGAGGAAGUGAAGGAGCACAGCUUCUUCAAAGGCGUCGACUGGCAGCACGUCUACUUACAGAAGUACCCUCCACCCUUGAUUCCUCCUCGGGGAGAAGUCAACGCUGCUGACGCCUUUGACAUCGGCUCCUUUGAUGAAGAGGACACCAAGGGCAUCAAGCUUCUGGACUGCGACCAGGAACUCUACAAGAACUUCCCUCUGGUGAUCUCCGAGCGCUGGCAGCAGGAGGUGGUAGAGACCAUUUUUGAAGCAGUGAACACAGACACAGAUAAAAUCGAGGCCAGGAAGAGAGCUAAAAAUAAGCAACUUGGCCAUGAAGAAGAUUACGCUCUGGGGAGAGACUGCAUUAUGCACGGGUACAUGCUGAAACUGGGGAACCCGUUCCUGACACAGUGGCAGCGCCGAUAUUUUUACCUCUUUCCAAACAGGCUUGAAUGGAGAGGAGAGGGUGAGUCGCGGCAAAAUUUGCUGACAAUGGAACAGAUUCUGUCUGUGGAAGAAACUCAGAUUAAAGACAAAAAAUGCAUUUUGUUAAGGAUAAAAGGAGGGAAGCAGUUUGUCUUGCAAUGUGAGAGCGACCCCGAGUUUGUGCAGUGGAAGAAGGAGCUGACAGAAACGUUCUCGGAGGCCCAGCGGGUGCUGCGGCGCGCCCCGAAGUUCCUCCACAAGCCCCGGCUGGGCGUCGUGGAGCUCUCCAAGCCGCCCCUCUGCCCCAGGAACAGCGACGGCCUCUGACACCCGGGGCGGGGGCGUCCCGGCCCGGACAGGGCCUUGCGCAAGUGCACACCGGGCGUCUGCAGCCCUUGAAGUGGAGCCUUUUGGAGAAGGACGAGGAGCAGAGGGUGGGCUCACUCCUUUCCGGGGUCUCCCACUGCUGGGGCGACCCCGGACGCCGAGAUGCUCCUAAUAGGAGUCGUGAUCUUUCUCAGGCCCAGGGUCGCCUCCCUCCCCUGCCGAGUGCCCCCACUGCUGUCACAUUGUCCACACGCAAAACUACUGAAGAAGAGAGAGUUUUUUCUUUGCUACACACUCAUUUUGGUAUCUAUGAACCUGGAACUUGAGGUGAUUCCUGCUUAGCACUUGGAUUUUUACGUCUGAUAUCAAACAUAUCUUCAACUUGCCAAGAUGGGACUUACCUGUGUUGGGUAACCGAUCGUCCCAGUGUGGCCAUAUUCCACCUGUAAACAGUCCCUGCUGGUUUCGUGUGUCUCUGCUGCGCACUGCUCGGGGGCGGGGCCAGCCAGGCACUUCUUCUGUGCGCUUCAGAACCGGCUUCGGGUCCUGGGGCUGGGAGCCGAAGGCCCCCGCAGGUGCGGGUCUGCCUCUGCCGGGGAGCCCUCAGUCCGCAGGGAACAGAGGGAGUGUGCCCUCAGAGGCCGGGGGUCCCUCAGAACCGAGGGCGCUCGGCGGUGGAUCAUGGGAAACGUUUACAGCGAUUCUGAAGGAGGGGUAGUUGGGUUCUGAAUUCAGGGCAAUAAUGACUUUCAGAAACCUUUCAGAGUUCGGGAGCAAGUCUGUUGGGUGUCAGCUCUCAGGCCAUUGUGUGACACGGUGACUCUGGAUCCUUCUGCCUGGCCUCAGAAAACAUAUCAGCAAUGGAUGUGUAAGGGAAGGAGACUGUGUCACCUUUUGGUAUAAUUUAAAAUGAAUUUUAUUGAAAAAGGAAUGAAUGUGUCAAAAAUGGGUUAACUGUGUAUGUGGACUUCCAUGUUGUCGUUUAUCUGUCAUCAGUGACUGACCCUUCACGCCGGGUGGGUGGGGCGGUGACAGUGACAUGGGGGCGCGAAGACUGUGCCCUGACCCCAGCGGUGUCCUCUCCCUGGCGAGCACCCUGCCCUCCUCCCGCCCGAGUGAGUGCUGGCUGAGGAGGACGGGGUGGUCCCAGCAACAUCCUCCCGGUCGUCAGAGUCGUAACGAGGGCGAUCUUGGGAGUGCACGUGCCCAUCCUGUGCUCAGUGCCGUCCCUUGUACGUUUCCGGGUUGACUGCUAGCAACACACGUGACUCGCCUGCCAGUCCUGCUGUCCUCAGUGUUCUUAGCCGUCCGCGUCUCCCUAUAUUGCUGCGCUGUGUUCACUGGGAAAGAGAGCACUGUUUAAAGGAAACUGUUUUGAGAGUUGGGGAGAUAAUUACUGACAGAGUUUUUUAUUUUUCAUGGGAGUUACUUUGGAAAAGAAAUUUAAAGGGUCACUGUUCAUCUCAACUAUUCAUUGCAGUUUAAACUAACACACAUGUUCUGCUGUC